ACUUCUUGAAGUAAUACUUGUCCCCUUCAUCAUCAUGAACCGUCCUCGCCCCAGUGUCCUGGCCCAGUUCGACCCUCUUCUUUCUGAGACUCGACCUGACUAUGUCUCUGACUCUGAGGAUGAGUCGGACCCAGACAAAGAGAAUUCAGUGCCAGAGCUGAAUGAACUCAACAUGACAGCGUUUUUUAGUCACACUUAUAAACGCGAAUAUGCUCAGCCAGCAGCUCUCACUAAACGUCUGGUGGAUAUCGGCGACGUCACGAUUGCAGACACCGUCGACGAAGAGGAGGAAACAGAAGAGUCAGGUGAUAACGGCGAGAAUGCCUUCUUUUCUUUGGACACCCCCAAGCGUUCCGACACUGUACGGCUACCUCAAAACACCUUACGCUCUCCGCUAGCCGAGAUCUCACUUGAGCGCAAGCCCAGACAGAAUGUUGUACACAAGAAAGCCAUGGAGUCUCCGACUCAGCUGCCUGGCGACUCCAUAUCUGCCUUGACUUCUCUCGUCGAUUCCGUCAAUCUGGCAGGCAAAACCUUUGGUCAUAUUCAUCGCCACAUUAUACCGCCUCGCAUCACGGUCGACAACUCUGAUGCUGAAAACGAUAUCCUAGCCACACCUGCACCUUUUAACUUGCAGACCUCCACUUCGUCACUUCAGGAUGCCUCGGAGGCUGCCACAGUAUCCCUUCUUGCUCCACCUUCGCCUGCAAGUACACCUGUUUCGCGAGCGUCGAACCGCAUUUCUCUCGAUCUUCAUUCUUCAUUCAAUCUUCAGCUGCAAUCCGAGACGAGCUUUGACCUACUCAACGACCGUAUCUCCUUUUUUGAUGCUCAGGGCAAGGGUAUGAGCUCGUUUCUAAAUGAGCUGGAUGAUGAUAGUGACCCCGAACGCUUUGAUGCCGACA